CAUUUUCAACAUAAAUAAAACCUUUUUAAAACUUCUAUAUUAACAUUAUCUUAGCUCAGCACCCAAACAGACCCUUAAAUACUCCAAAAACAAUAAUACUCGUAUACUUUUAUUCAACAUCUCCAUUCUCCAUUUCUUUCCUCCUUUCUUCCUUUCCCACUCCUCCCACUCAUCACUCCACUCUUAAACUUCUCCUUCUCCUCUCCUCUCCUCUGUUUUUCUCUCAAAUUUUCUGUUCUUUCUCAAAUUUUCUGUUCUUUCUGGGUCUGUUUGUGAAAUGUAGUAAAAACCCAGAAAGAAAAAACUGCAAAAAUGGCGAAAUGUCAUCCUUCGAGAAACGACGUCGGAUCUUUGAUCCUAAAUCAUCAAUCUUCACAUAAUCAUAAUCAUCACUAUUGUCGAAUUUGGAGCUCAUUUUCAUUCCGCAAAUUAUUAGCAACUGUUAGUUGUGGUGGUUCGUCCAUUUCCACCAAGAAUAAAUCCUCAAAAACCCAUAUCAAAAAACCCGGCCCCAAGCCCGAACCUAACCCAAAACUUAACCCUACUAAUGGGUUGACCCGACCCGAGUAUGGGAAACUGGUGGAUCUUCUGAACCUGUCUUCUUCUUCUUGUUCUUCAGGGAGAAGAGAGAAAGUAGAGGUGGAAAAGGAUCUUGAAGAAGUGAGGAGAAAAGAAGUGAGAUUAGAGGAGUUAAGAGAAGCAGUAAGAUUAUUGAGUGAGAAUAAUGAAGGAGAGAGAGAAAAUGGCGCAAAAAAAGUGAGAAGUUUGGCAAAGGAAGAUAGUGAAGCUAGGUCUACUUUGGCUAUGCUUGGUGCUAUUCCUCCUUUGGUUGCUUUGCUUGAUCAUCGUAAUGAUGAGUGUCUUAUUCAAGCUCUUUAUGCUCUUCUUAAUUUGGGUAUUGGCAAUGAUUUGAACAAAUCAGCAAUAGUACAAGCAGGAGCAGUUCAUAUGAUGCUAAAGAAGAUUGAGUCCUCAAAUGGGUCUUUACAAGCAUCUGUUUCCGAAGCCAUUGUUGCAAAUUUCCUUGCACUGAGUGCAUUAGAUUCGAAUAAACCGAUCAUUGGAACUUCCGGCGCAAUCCCUUUUCUCGUUAGCGUCUUAGAGGAGUUGGAGAAGAAAACGAGCUUACAAGCAAGACAAGACUCACUUAGAGCACUUUACAAUCUCUCUAUAUCACCCUCUAAUGUUGCCUAUAUCCUCGAGACUAAGGUAAUUCAUUACCUCAUAAGCAUAUUGGGAGACAUGGAAGUGAGUGAGCGAAUUCUCUCGAUUUUAAGCAAUGUGGUAUCAACCUCCGAAGGCCGGAGAGCAAUCAGUGGUGUACCGGAUGCUCUCCCGGCCUUGAUGGACGUCUUGAAUUGGACCGACUCACCUGGGUGCCAAGAAAAAGCCUCGUACGUUCUAAUGGUGAUGGCUCAUAAAUCAUACCGAGAUAGGCAAACUAUGAUAGAACUUGGCAUUGGAUCGGCAUUGCUAGAGUUAACUCUUUUAGGUAGUACAUUAGCGCAGAAAAGGGCAUCGAGAAUAUUGGAGUGUUUAAGGAUGGAUAAAGGGAAACAGAUAUCCCGAAGCUUUGUUACUGGUAAAACCAGCGCGCCUGUUUCUGCUCCUAUAUAUGGAUCUUCCUCAUCUACCGCUAAUCUCAACAAGGAAGAGGACGAUAUUAUGAUGAGCGAAGAGAAAAUGGCGGUCAAAAACUUAGUUCAGCAGAGUUUACAGAAUAAUAUGAAACGAAUCGCUAAAAGGGCAAACUUGGCUCAAGAUUUCGUUCCUUCGGAGCAUCUCAAAUCGCUCACUACAAGUUCAACAUCGAAGAGCUUGCCCUUUUGACAUUUAUCGAGCAAUAUGAAGUUAGUGUUCUCUCAGAAUUUCUUUGCAUUUAAUGUUUCAUUUGCUUCGUAGUGUGUAUUGUUGGCAUUGUUAUACUGAUAUUACAUGUUCAUAUACGUUAGUCGUAUUUCGUAUUUAUGUUCGUACGUACGAUUUAGCAUUUGGGUUGUUUAGAGCUUAGAUGAUCUUUGUAUAGUAGUGUCCUUAUCAAGUUUAUCAAAUAGCAAAAUGUAGUCCUUUUUCGUGAAGGCGAUACACAAGGCUUAAUGUUCUUCAAACUUGUUGAUAUGCCCGAAAUUUAUGAAUUGGCGUCUUAUUUUGUCGA